GAAAAACAACCGAAAGGGUGAGCGAUCAGCGUGAGGCCAUCAGAGCGCGACGCUUCCGCUGCAGCCAGAACCGGCGCGUCGUUGACGUCAUCAUCCCACGACCGUUUUUCGGGAGCCGGGACUCCAAGGUGUCAGAGUUGGUCAUAAUGGCAGGUGAAGAAAUUAGCGAAGACUAUCCAGUAGAAAUUCACGAGUACUUGUCAACGUUUGAGAAUUCCAUAGGUGCUGUGGAUGAGAUGCUGAAGACCAUGAUGUCUGUUUCAAGAAAUGAGCUGUUACAGAAGUUGGACCCACUUGAACAAGCCAAAGUGGAUUUAGUUUCUGCGUACACAUUAAAUUCAAUGUUUUGGGUUUAUUUGGCAACUCAAGGAGUCAAUCCUAAGGAGCAUCCAGUAAAGCAGGAAUUGGAGAGAAUCAGAGUGUACAUGAACCGAGUCAAGGAAAUAACGGACAAGAAAAAGGCUGGCAAGCUGGAUAGAGGUGCAGCUUCAAGAUUUGUGAAAAAUGCCCUCUGGGAACCAAAACCUAAACACACAGCCAAAGCUGCCAAUAAAGGAAAAAGUAAAAAUUAACUUUCGGCCUUGAUGGACACAUACUCAAAAAAUACAUUCUUACUGUUUUCACAACAUAGGUAAUUGUGUGGCAAUGCGAGGUUUACAUUUAUUCUCUUUUGAAUUUCUGUGUAAACUUACACUUUAAAUUUGUAGUGCUAAGUAUUUCCCCCACAAAAAGACUGACUUGUCUUUAUUGAUUUUCCUAUAGAGCAUGAGGUUUUUAACAUUGUGAUAUAUUUUAUAUUUAUAGUUUACCAUCUCUUUUGGCAAGAUAGUCACUUCUCUAUAUAAAUCAAUCAUUUUUGUUUUUUUGAGACAGGGUUUCACUGUAUAGUUUGGGCUGGCCUUGAACUCACUUUGUAGCCCAGG